UGUAAAGGACCCGCACGAGAGGCAAUUCGACUGACCUUCCAUGACGGCAUCGGCCGGUCUGCCACAUUGGCAGCUUCUGGUACUUUUGGCGGAGGCGGGGCAGACGGCAGCAUAAUCAAGUUCGCGGACUCUGAACUUGCAGACCCCGCGAAUGACGGACUGGAAGACAUAGUCUACGCCCUGAAAUCCUUCGCCGACAACCACGGAGUAAGCUACGGAGACAUUAUCCAAUUCGCCGGAGCUGUGGCCCUCUCGAAUUGCCCUGGGAGUCCUCGCCUUGCAUUCUACGCUGGACGUCCUCAGGCUAUCGCUCCGUCUCCGCCCGGCCUUAUUCCGUCACCCACGGACUCUGUCAAAGAUAUCUUAGCCCGGAUGUCUGAUGCUGGAUUCACACCCGAUGACACCGUAGCGCUUUUGGCCGCUCAUUCCGUUGCUGUACAGAACACUGUCGACCCCACCAUCCCUGAUACUCCCCUCGAUUCGACCCCUGAACUCUUUGACACGCAGUUCUAUCUGGAGACGCUGCUGAGGGGAACAACUUAUCCCGGAACAGGAAGAAACACGGCAGGGGUCAAGUCGCCGUCCAAGCACCUGUUUCGGCUUGCGUCCGACGCGGCAAUAGCUCGUGAUGCCCGCACAGCAUGCAGGUGGCAGUCUUUCGCUCACGAUCAGGAAGCGCUGCGGACCUCGUUCCGGAAUGCAAUGUUGAAGCUGGCAAAUCAAGGAUUCGAAGGCCUCAUUAACUGCUCUUUCAUCAUCCCUGAAUCGCUUCCACAUUGGAAAGCUGCGACAUUCCCUUAUGGAACAAACGCAUCUGAUAUCGAACACUCAUGUCCGAGCAACUCCUCCCCGGAGGGCGUUAUUCCGGACGUAUCGAGAUAA